AUGGGUGAUCUUGUAGUUCCUACAGAUUUUGAUGGACUACGUACUCACAAUAUCUGGGAAGAAAAUCAGACCAAUCUUCAAAAGAUCCGUCCAUUUAUCUCCGCGGUCGACCUUACUAUUCCAUCCGGGCCCUCAGAAGACUUGCAAUCACAUGAAUUUGACGCGGCCAAAAUCUACGGGCGGAUAACCAUUCCUAUUCUAGCUCAAAAUGCUACUUUUACAGAGAACAAUAGCAAUUGGAACGCAUUGGAGGUAUUCGCGCCAACUCUCGAAAAGUUUCUUUGUGUGGCUUCCAAAGUAUUGAAGGACGAUCUGGAGGAAAAUUUUCCAACACCUCAAGGCAGACCCCGAAAUGACUAUAAAGCUGCUCUUGAGAUUUGCCAGCGUGCUCUACCUGCUGAUCAAGGUGGAAUGCCUUUAGUGACGAAAUACGUAGUGUUAAUUGCUUUUCUCAUGUUCGGAUAUCGGCAAAUAUCUCGAUGGGAAACCCUUGGGAGAAACUCAAACCAGAUACAGAUACCGGAGCUUGUGGACCUUGGGUCGUGA